AUGGCAGGAGACCAAGGAAUCAGUUGGGAGGAACUCAAAAAGGAGAACGUCGAUCUCGAGACUGUUCCAGUCGACGAGGUAUUUGAAACACUGAAAUGUACCAGAGAGGGAUUGACGACUGAAGAAGGGAAUAAGAGGCUUGCGGAAUUUGGUCCGAAUAAAUUAGAAGAGAAAAAGGAAAGCAAAUUCCUCAAGUUCUUAGGGUUCAUGUGGAAUCCUUUGUCAUGGGUUAUGGAGGUUGCCGCAAUCAUGGCUAUUGUAUUGGCCAAUGGAGGGGGAAAGCCUCCAGAUUGGCAAGAUUUUGUUGGAAUUGUAACAUUGCUUCUCAUAAACUCCACCAUCAGUUUCAUAGAGGAGAACAAUGCAGGCAAUGCUGCAGCAGCUCUCAUGGCAGGUCUUGCUCCCAAAACAAAGGUCUUAAGGGAUGGAAAAUGGUCCGAACAGGAAGCAUCCAUCCUGGUUCCAGGAGACGUGAUUAGCGUCAAACUGGGAGACAUUAUCCCAGCUGACGCCCGUCUCCUAGAGGGAGAUCCUCUCAAGAUCGACCAAUCUGCAUUGACCGGCGAGUCAUUACCCGUGACCAAGCAUCCAGGUGCUAGCGUAUAUUCCGGCUCAACGUGCAAACAGGGUGAGAUCGAAGCUGUCGUUAUAGCUACUGGGGUCCACACCUUCUUCGGAAAGGCUGCUCACCUAGUCGAUAGCACAAAUCAAGUCGGUCAUUUCCAAAAGGUAUUGACAGCCAUUGGUAACUUCUGCAUAUGCUCCAUCGCCAUUGGGCUCAUAAUCGAGAUAGUGGUGAUGUACCCAAUUCAGAAACGAAGUUACAGAAACGGAAUCGACAAUUUACUGGUUCUUCUCAUUGGCGGGAUCCCAAUUGCGAUGCCAACGGUUUUGUCAGUGACCAUGGCAAUCGGGUCCCACAAGCUUUCAGAGCAAGGUGCCAUCACCAAAAGAAUGACAGCCAUUGAAGAAAUGGCUGGGAUGGAUGUUUUGUGUAGUGACAAAACUGGUACUCUCACCCUCAACAAGCUCACAGUUGACAAAACCCUCAUUGAGGUUUUUGUGAAGGAUAUGGAUAAAGACACAGUGAUUUUGUAUGGAGCAAGGGCUUCAAGGGUGGAGAAUCAAGAUGCCAUAGAUGCUUGUAUUGUAGGAAUGCUUGGAGAUCCUAAGGAGGCACGAGCAGGGAUCACUGAGGUGCAUUUUCUGCCCUUCAAUCCCGUGGACAAACGAACAGCAAUAACGUAUAUAGAUCAAAGCGGAAAUUGGUACAGGCUGAGCAAAGGUGCACCCGAGCAGAUUGUGGAGCUAUGCAACCUAAAGAACGAAGAAAAGAAUCGAGUGUUCUCAAUAAUUGACAAAUUCGCGGAGCGUGGUCUUCGUUCUCUUGCUGUUUGCCAACAGAGUGUACCCGAGAAAACAAAGGAGAGCCCCGGAGGACCUUGGGUGUUUGUUGGUUUGUUGCCGCUAUUUGACCCUCCAAGGCACGACAGUGCUGAAACCAUUCGACGUGCCCUCCAUCUUGGUGUCAACGUCAAGAUGAUCACAGGUGAUCAGCUUGCCAUUGGCAAGGAAACUGGUCGAAGGCUAGGAAUGGGAACGAAUAUGUAUCCCUCUUCCUCGCUCCUUGGCCAAAACAAGGAUACAGCUAUCGCUAAUGUCCCGAUUGAGGAGCUAAUCGAGAAGGCUGAUGGUUUCGCUGGGGUCUUUCCGGAACAUAAGUACGAAAUUGUGAAGAAACUGCAGGAGAGAAAGCAUAUUUGUGGAAUGACGGGAGACGGUGUGAACGAUGCACCGGCGCUAAAGAAGGCCGACAUCGGUAUUGCAGUUGCCGACGCCACGGAUGCCGCUCGAAGUGCAUCGGACAUCGUGUUGACAGAACCGGGACUUAGUGUGAUCGUUAGUGCAGUUUUGACUAGCAGAGCCAUCUUUCAGAGGAUGAAGAACUACACCAUCUAUGCCGUCUCCAUCACCAUCCGUAUUGUGCUUGGUUUCAUGCUGAUCGCUCUUAUCUGGCGGUUCGAUUUCUCUCCUUUCAUGGUUCUGAUCAUCGCCAUCCUCAACGAUGGAACCAUCAUGACCAUAUCUAAGGACAAGGUCAAGCCGAGCCCGUUGCCCGACUCAUGGAAGUUAAAGGAAAUCUUCGCCACCGGGAUUGUCCUCGGCACUUACCUAGCCGUUAUGACCGUUAUUUUCUUCUGGGCGGCAAAGGAAUCCAACUUCUUUACCGAAAAAUUCGGUGUAAAACCGAUCAAAAACAACGAACACGAGCUUAUGUCUGCUCUUUACCUCCAAGUUAGUAUCAUCAGUCAGGCGCUCAUUUUCGUCACCAGGUCAAGGAGCUGGUCGUUCGUCGAACGACCUGGUUUUCUACUCUGCUUCGCCUUUCUGGUAGCACAGCUGAUCGCUACAUUAAUCGCUGUCUACGCUGACUGGGAGUUUGCAAGAGUGAAGGGAAUCGGCUGGGGUUGGGCGGGUGUGAUUUGGUUGUAUAGCAUCGUCUUCUACUUCCCGUUAGAUAUAUUCAAAUUUAUCAUCCGAUAUGCAUUGAGCGGGAAGGCCUGGGACAAUAUGCUCCAAAACAAGACCGCUUUCACUACCAAAAAGGACUACGGGCGUGGCGAGAGGGAAGCACAAUGGGCCACCGCCCAACGCACUCUGCACGGCCUCCAGGCACCUGAUGCAAACGAGAUCUUGAAAGAUAAGAAUAACUACAGGGAAUUAUCCGAGCUUGCAGAACAGGCAAAAAGGCGAGCAGAGGUCGCUAGGUAA